AUGGAGUCAUCUUUGAGAUUUAUUUUGGCAAUUUUGUCUAUUGUUGUAUUGCUUUCCAAUUUCUACGCUCAGGCACAAGAUGACCUUCCCAAAAAGAAAUUAUCACUUCGACGUGACUUAUUUGUUGGUUCUGAAUUUGCUUCAGGACAGGGACAGAUUUCAUUCGACAUAAAUUCCACAUCGGAGUUUCUAAAUACUUCAAAAUUUAACCGUACAUCAUUUCCAUCUGAUUUUAUUUUUGGUGCUGGAUCUUCUGCUUUGCAGAUUGAAGGAGCUGCUCAUGAAGGAGGAAGAGGGCUAGGAAUAUGGGAUAAUAGGGUUGAACAGAACAAAGCAAGGUUUAUCGAUGGUGAUAAAUUUUCCACAGCGAUAGAACAUUACAAGCGAUAUAAGGAGGACGUACUACAUUUGAAGACACUUGGAGUGAAUUCUUAUAGAUUUUCCAUCUCAUGGAGUAGAGUUCUUCCCGAUGGGACCUUGAAAGGAGGAAUAAAUCAAGAAGGUAUCAUAUUCUACAGCAAUUUGAUCGAUGAGUUACUUGCAAAUGGUAUCGAGCCUUUUGUGACUAUCUUGCACUUUGACUAUCCACUAGCACUUCAAGAAAAGUUUGGAGGCUUCUUGAAUCGCAGCAUUGUGAAUUAUUACAAGGAUUAUUGUGAACUUCUAUUUAAAACAUAUGGAGAUAGAGUGAAACAUUGGACAACGAUCAAUGAAGCAGAAGUAACAGCUAUCUUCACUUACAUGCAUAGCUUUGAUAAUACCGCUGCUGAACAAUGCCAAGAAACAAGAUUAUGUACACAAGCAUAUACAGUCCUUCAUAACUUCCUCAUUUGUCAUGCUACAGCAGCAAAGUUAUACAGAGGGAAAUUUCAAGUAGAACAACGUGGACAAAUCGGACUUGUUCUAUCAUCUCAAAUUUAUGUUUCCUUUAGUUCAAAACCAGAGGAUGUGGCUGCUACUCAAAGACUAAUGGAUUUCUAUUUGGGAUGGAUUUUAGAGCCAUUGUUCUUUGGGGAUUAUCCAGAAAUCAUGAGAAAGUUAGUGGGAAAUAGGUUACCUAAUUUUACCGAAGAGGAGAAAAAAAUGAUCAAAGGAAGCACAGACUUUAUUGGAAUCAAUUAUUAUAAUUCUCACUUUGCUAGACAUGAAUCAAAUAGAACCAAUGUUAAUGGUGCUGACAAUUUUGAUGCCUUAGCUGUUUCAGAAGAGACUAAUUCAGAAGGAAAAGUCCUAGGACACAAGGACCUUUAUGGUUUAAGCUAUGUCUAUCCCAAAGGACUAUAUGACCUUUUAAUGUACCUUAAGAAAAAGUAUCAAAAUCCCAACAUCUACAUCACCGAAAAUGGUAUUGCUUCUUUCAAAAUUCCAAAUCCAUUGAAGGACCAACACCGAAUCAUUUACAUUGCAGCACAUUUAAGAGCUAUCAAAGCUGCAAUUGACAAUGGAUCAAAUGUUCGUGGUUACUUCAUUUGGGCAGCAUUUGAUACAUUUGAAUUUCAAGCGGGAUAUUCAGGACAUUGGGGACUUUAUCAUGUUGAUUUUAAUGAUAAUCUCAAGCGUAUACCAAAGGACUCUGCUGAAUGGUAUAGAAAGUUUCUGAUACCAGAGUGUGGACAAUAAAACACUUAUUGAACUCAGAUUUCACUCACAAAGGGAACCACAUCAUUCAAAACAUAGAGAAAGAAACGGAAUUGUAUUGAAAUUUAAGUGUUUUGUUUAUAUUUUUUCUUGUUAGGAAUUAUUAAAUGCUUGUACAUUUUUACUUCCAUUUUUUUAUGCUCAAUUUGAUUUUUAUAACCCAAACAAGACUAAAAUCGGGAGAGAAAUUUAUAGAUGAAAAAUGUGAAAUCUCUCUCUAUAUUGACGAGAUGAUUAACUAUGGGGGAUAUUGAAUAAGCUAAGAUGCAUAUUUUUUUUAA